AUGAUCAACAACAAGGUUGGGGGGCUACGGUCGUCCAUGACGGAAGUCGAUCGACCACCGAACGUUUACGCUAAGAGCUCCAGAAAGAAGUCGGAUGAUGGCGAAGCGUUACAAUCAACGGUAGUCGAAUACAGAAGAGCAAGGAUUAAACCGAGCUACGAAACGCGGGACGCAGGUAUCAUUUUCAGACGAAGGGCUUACGCUUCCAAGACCGAGGACUAA